AUAUUACUUGAGGUCUUGUCUUUCGGGGAAACGCCCUAUUGAAAGAAGUUCGAUAUUCUAUACAUCUCGUGCUACUUAUUAAUUAUGUAUUUUCUUGAUAAAUAUUUAAACAUACUGGCAGUGAGCUCCAGGGAAUAGAUCUUGACGUCCUCAACCUUGUGCUGUACGAGACGACUUUAUGUUCGGUUCCCCUUGUCUUGAAGCUCCUGCCACUGAUGAAACAGAAAGGUUUAAGGCUGACAGUGUCAUCUGCGGCAGCAUACUUAUCUGGUCCAUGCAUACGUCGCCUAAGUCUUCAAAAAACUGACGUUGAUAUCCAAGCUAUUGUGCACUCGCCGGAGUCACCGUAUCGAAUUCUGUUAUCAGAGCUGACCAGGAACUGCUGUGAAGAGGGGCAGUGCUGGUUCAGGUCGCCCAUGAUGACGGAUUUGUGUAGGCGUGGCAUUAGAGGAGGACAUCAUUUCCUUGUGCUUAUGCUGCUCCAUCUCGGCGUGCACGAAUUAUUCCUGGACGAGGCAGAAAUUACAAGGGCGCGUGCCGAAAGUAGGCGGCUCAUGUUCUCCAUUGUUCACCGUUAUGCUCCGAGGUGGAAGCUUCGGACUCCUACGCCUUCUGGGUCUCGUUGCGAUGACGAAGUGAGGCCGCUGGAAAAUUUCUAUCGUCCAGAAAACGUAGUGACACGUUUAAAUCAAAUGGCGCCGCUGCGGUCGCUGAAGGAGCUGUGUCGCCUCUCCAUCCGAGCCUCCCUCGGCCACUGCAGGAUUGAAGAGAAGACGGAAGGCUUGCGAGACGUGUUGCCAGCUCUUCUUAGAGAAUACCUUUACUUCCGCCACGACUUCCUCAUUUUACCGAGGUUUCCUCAUCCUCCCGAGGAAGUUGAGUAACCGUUGAUACGGUGACUCGUCUUGCCCGGGACCGUUGCUACGGUGACUCAUCUUGCCUGGGACCGUUGAUACGGUGACUCGUCUUGCCUGGGACCGUUGAUACGGUGACUCGUCUUGCCUGGGACCGUUGAUACAGUGACUCAUCUUGCCCGGGACCGUUGAUACGGUGACUCGUAUUGCCUGGGAACGUUGCUACGGUGACUCGUCUUGUCUGGGACCGUUGCUACGGUGACUCGUCUUGCCUGGGAACGUUGAUACGGUGACUCGUCUUGCCUGGGAACGUUGAUACGGUGACUCGUCUUGCCUGGGACCGUUGCUACGGUGACUCGUAUUGCCUGGGACCGUUGAUACGGUGACUCGUCUUGCCUGGGACCGUUGAUACCUUGACUCGUAUUGCCUGGGACCGCCGUUGAUACGGUGACUCGUCUAGCCUGGGACCGUUGAUACGGUGCAUUUCAAGUGGUGAUGAUUCACUGAUGGAGCGUUGAACCCAAAAUUCAUCACUAAACGUGUCAAAAUUUUAUUUUGACUCAUAAUUGAACAUUCAGGUAAAUGGAGCAAAACGGAGUCCUAUCUGUCGUCGGCGAACUCCCAAAGAUACAAGAAAGACAACAUUUCCAAAUUACAAGAGUAUUUGGUUUUGUAUAAUGGGGAUUUUUCUAUCCUAGGUACUUCAACGAUACAAAUUUGUCAUUACAACUUCGGAAGAUGUUUUGUAGGGCUACGUCUACGGCUACACUGAUGCGAUUACGUCGUCAACUGCCUGAGGCACGUCUUAGGUACUGAAGCCCAGGAGCAAUAGAACUAACGCUCAUCUGUCCUCAGUUGGGGGAGCUGAUGCGAGAUUAUUUUGGUGACAAUAGUGGGACAGAGACGGACGUCCAGGGAUUGUGCUCAAACACAUGUUAAGGAUUCCUUGUCAGACGGAUGUGUGAUUUAUACUUGUUCUUGUAGUGGUAUCGACGCCAAGGGAUUUCUUUUUCUGACCUUUUUCAGGAUCGUAUUAAGCGUUCCAUUUCAUAUUCCUUUUCACGUUCUUUUUCUUGUAAUUUGUCGUAAACAGCGCAACAAACUUAUUAUCUGUGUGUGUUUCUGCAUUUUUUCUUGUCCAAGUUUAAUUUUUUUUAUCUCUGGAAAUCGCGCAGCUGUCGUUCAAUAAUGCCACAUGGUUGAUGAUAUUUCUGUCGUCAUUAAUCAUAUAGAAAGGAAUAACCUCUCCGACGGAUAAUGUAUUCUUAGACAGAGCGUGAUAUUUUUGCUACAUUUAACCACAAGAUCUAUAAAUCUAGA